AUGUGUGCGAUUGACAUCUACCUUUCCUUCUCAAGCCUCGGAGUCCGCUCGCCGCCCGGUGACCGAGUCCUGCGGAAAGGAUGUGCACUACAGGGCUCGGUGUCGUUCGAGGAUAUAUCUGUGGCCUUCACCCAGAAGGAGUGGCAGCUGCUGGACCCUGCCCAGAGGCUCCUGUACAGGGAGGUGAUGCUGGAGAACUACAGGCAGCUGGUGUCCCUGGGGCACUGUGUCGCCACGCCUGAGCUGAUACUCAAGCUGGAGCAAGGUGAAGAGCCAUGGGUAUCAAAGAGAGAACUCCCAAGUCCGAGCCGCCCAGGGAACAUCGAGGAGUCCAUGGGACCAAAGGUGGUUCAAAAGAAAGUAGCGGCUGAUGUCAGAGAGUUAGCUGGAGCAAAGCGCUCUGGGCCUGGUGAGACUGACUUCUGCUCUGAGUGA